AUGCCAGUGGCUGGUGAGUUGUGCGAAUCAUCCUUCGGCUGGCCUUCCGUCUAUUACGUUCACGCUUUACUGAGCGCUGUACUAUUUACCGCUUGGUUCUACUAUUAUAGGAAUAACCCAGCUAAGCAUCCCUCAAUGACGAAAAUUGAACUCGAAAAGAUACAUCGUGGGAAAGGAGAAGUGAAAGAGCAUGAGCGCACACCUGUUAAGGUAAACUAAAU